AUGCCAUGGUGCUCUACUUGGGAGAAAAUGGCUGCUGGCGCCCUCGCCUGCCAUCUUCUCAAUGAAAUCCGAGCUCCAGCGCCGGGUCUCGAUCCAUUUCAAGGCCUAGACAUCCCUCUAAUCCGCAACAUCCCCCAACCAAACUGUCCCCUCCUCGCCCUGCCCCCCGAAAUCCUCUACGUAGUAACCGACAACCUCCACUCCCUCACCGACAUCCUCUCCCUCUCCUUAACCUGCAAUCCACUCCUCUCCGUCUGUCUCCAAAAGCUUCGAGUAUCUCUACACGACCGCAUGAAAGGAGCAUGGAUAAACACCCCCCUCAUCUGCCUAGGUUCCCUCACAGAUGUCAACGCCGACUUACCACCACACAUCCAAGAAAUCGACACCGCCCUAGAAAUGUCCACCCAACUCAAAGACACCGUCUACUUCCGAACCUACCGUUCCGGCGAUCGUAGACAUACCUACGAUCGUUUCGAAACAACCCAUAUCCUUCUUAAAAACUACGAUAAAUUCGAUUUAUCAGACGACAGCAUCAUAAAUAAUAGAAUGAUGAUACCUCUAGCAUUCCAACGGAAUCAACGAAAUAAAUUCCCUAUAUCACCGUUGGAUUUUUUAAUUUCUUUGACAUCUGAACUUCCGGGGUGGACUAGACGGUUGGUUAAUCGUGCGAUUGAUCUUGAUAAGGGGGUGUUAAGACUUUACUCCCAAACUGCAAAUUACGUUGUUCGUAAUCUAUCAAGGAAAGAAUAUAUCCCGUUCACCAUCGGUAAAACCCUAAAAUCAGAGAUCGAAUCGGUAUUUUAUAGAUCUCAGAUUAUACCGAUAGAUCAAGCUGUCACCAUCGUUUUUAUAUUCUUGAUCACUUGGUCACCUAGUUUACAAGGACUGGAGGAUGAAACGGUUAGAAAGAAUGUGGCGGAGAUACAUGGAUUGUGGGCGGGAGACUGUUUUGAUGUUUGUGAAGCAGAGGAGUUGAAGGAUGGAUGGAAGAGUGUGGAGGAGGAGACGUUGUUGUCGUUUAGGUUGUAUUUGCCGAAGAUGUAUAAGAAUAUGUAUGGGUUGGAUGCUUGGGGGGAACCUCGACCGGGUCGGUUGGCGGUGCCGUCGCUUUUCUAG